AUGGUUGGUUCGGGAUUAAUUGGCGUUGAUGCACUUUUCUGGAUACAAUUCGGCAAUCCCCUUGGGAGAAUCAGGGGGAAGAACAACACGGAAUGCAUCCGACGCGGAAAAUAUGCGGUCGGAAGCGUGGUGAGAUACGCCUGCAAUCAGUAUUACGUUCUCAGGGGAUCGCACGUUCGAACCUGUACGAAGACCGGGCAAUGGACGGGACCCGCUCCAUUCUGCGAGCCAGAAUGCGGGCGGAAGGGGAAGCCGGUGAAGCUUUCGGCCGGCGGGAAGCCGUCAGACACCGGGGAGUGGCCGUGGCAGGUGGCCCUCUAUGAUGUCGCGAAGCGGGAGCUCGUCUGCGGAGGGGCUCUCAUCCGCGAGAAGUGGGUGACGAGUUGGGGUUUCAACGGCUCGGAUCUCCUCACGGCCACCUUGACCGAAGUGGAACUGCCGGUGAUAUCCAACGUGCAUUGUCGUCGGGACACCAUUCGUCUCACGGGGGACCACACUGUCACUCGGACGCUCACGUCCAACAUGUUCUGUGCUGGGCACGACGAGGAUACUCCGUUGGAAAGGAGUCCCAUGGUCUUCCCUUCCCAUGCCUCUCCGGGAAGACCCUGGCAAGUCGAAGGGAUCGUGAGCCACUUCUUCGAUGGGGAUAAAUGCUCCUCGAGGCGUCCCGGUCAUUACAGCAUUUUCACCAAAGUCAAUCGGUUCAUUCGAUGGAUCGAGCGAAAGAUGUGGGAGAAUCCCUCAUGAGGCAACCAACGACUUCCAUGAAAUUUAAAUCUCUGGGAUUUGAAUAUUUUUUGUGACAUGAGUGCCAGGACAAAAAAUACUUUCAAUAGCAUUGAUCAAUGAGCGCCGAACUCUCGCAGGAAACAACAGUACAAUUAACACGUUGGCGACAAUGCGUCCUGAUGCCAGGAUGCAGAUUUUUUUUUCAAUGAAUACCCUCUGGAACUGUUGAUAACGUUCCAGAAGAUUAUGAUUUCGUAAUUACUGAUAAAAAUUCCAAAA